GCUUGUUGUAAAUGGUGGCGAAGUCUGAGCAGGAGAGAUAGCCUUGGGUGUAUCGRUGAUGAAGUGAUGGAAGGAGUUGAAUAUGAGUCAUGGUGGCGUAGACUUUCUCAGGGGGCUUGUGGUCGGGUCGUCGCGAGAGGGCAUCGGCAACGCGGUUGCUUUUGCCGAAGCGGGCUUGGCGUGGAGUGAUAUCUUUCUUGGAGAGGAUGGAGGCGACAAUGGUGUUGUCAGUGCGGAUGGUGAAGUACUGCCCGUCGAGGUACGGGCGCCAGACUGUGAGAGCGUGGAUCACGGCGAGGAGUUCCUUCUCGUUGGAGGGGUAAUUCAUCUCCGCGGGAAGGAGCUUCUUGCUUGCGAAGGCGAUAGGGUAUUCGCCAGGUGGAGCCUCGGGGUGAGUGGGCGAGUCCUUGAUGGAGGGGGUCUCGGCGGUGUCGCGGGGGAAAUGUUGGGACAGUACGGCUCCRAUGGCGAAGUCGGAGGCGUCAGUGGUGACAUAGAAAUGGCGAGUGGGGUCGGCGAUCUUGAGGACAGGGGCCGUGGUGAUGGUUUGCUUGAGCUCAUCCUUGCGGGUGAGUUCGUGGAGAGGGUAAGAGAUCUCGGAAAAGUUGCGAAUGAAUGGGCGGUAAUAGUUGGCAAGGCCAAGGAAGGAACGGAGUUGGAGGAGGGUCUUGGGUGGGGGGUACUCGACGAGGGCUGUGACCUUCGAGGGGUCCAUACGGAUGCCUUUAGCGGAGACAAUAUGGCCGAGGUAUUCGACGCUCGAAGCGGCAAACGUACAUUUGCUGAGCUUGGCGUAAAAUUUUUGCUCUCGGAGGAUCGCGAGGACUUGGCCGAGGUGCUGAAGGUGGGACUCGAAGGUGGGGCUGAAGACAAGGAUGUCAUCAAGGUAGACAACGACACAGACUUCGAGGAGGUUGUGGAAGAUGUGGUUCAUGGUGGAUUGGAAGGUAGCGGGGGCAUCGGUGAGUCCGAAUGGCAUCACGAGGAACUCGUAGUGCCCGAACCGAGAGCGGAAGGCGGUCUUGUGAGUGUCCUCCUCGCGAAUACGGAUCUGGUGGAAGCCACUACGAAGGUCGAUCUUGGUAAAGUACUUGGCUCCACGGAGACGAUCAAGGAGCUCGGAAAUCCGAGGUAGGGGGUACUUGUUCUUGAUCGUGAUCC